AUGGAGCGGUCCGGCCCGGAUCUUCAAGCCGUGGGUGCGGCACGGACUUACUAUCGCGGAGCCUGGGAUCUUUUGCCGGGGCCUGCGGACAUUAACACCGUGAAGCCCGUAGUCUCCGUGGCUUUCACUGUCUCUCUCUCUGUGCCUCUUGUCUCCGCAGCCUACUUGCUGAGCUGUGGCUUCCCGCAGAAGCCGUUGUCUGGCGACGUAUCGGUCACCAGCCUGCACCCCGGCGGCCUGGCGCAUUUCUACUGCAACUCUGGCUACCGGCUGCUGGGUUCGCCAUCUCUCACCUGCAUCAACGCCAGCAAGGCGCGCUGGAGCGACACCGAGCCCCAAUGCAUCGCUACCUGUGGCGGGGUGAUCAGGAACGCCACUGUCGGACGCAUCAUCUCGCCAAACUUCCCGGCCAACUACAGCAACAACCUCACCUGCUACUGGCUGGUGGCCUCUCCACGGGGGCAGAAACUCCACCUGCACUUUGAGAAGGUGGCGCUGGCUGAAGAUGACGACAGACUCAUCAUUCGGAAUGGGAAUAAUAUUGAUGCGCCGAUCGUUUAUGAUUCCUAUGAAGUGGAGUACCUGCCCAUUGAAGGCCUGGUCAGUGAAAGCGAACACUUCUUCAUUGAACUAACCACAGACAGUACCGGCACCUCCAUGGGACUGGCCUUAAGAUACGAAGCCUUUGAUCAGGGCCAUUGUUACGAGCCCUACAUUAAGUACGGCAACUUCACGGCGGGAGACGCGACCUACCAGGUGGGAACGGUGGCUGAGUUCACCUGCGACCCAGGAUACACGCUGGAACAAGGGUCGGUGAUCAUCGAAUGCGUGGAUAUCCGUGACCCUCAGUGGAACGAGACGGAACCAGCCUGCCGAGCCGUGUGUAGCGGUGAGGCCACAGACUCGUCUGGAGUAGUGCUGUCCCCCAACUGGCCCGAGGCGUACGACAAGGGGCAGGACUGCAUCUGGGGCAUCCACGUGGAAGAAGACAAGAGAAUCAUGCUGGACCUCCAGGCGUUAACACUGGGAAAGAAUGACGUGCUGACGUUUUUCGAUGGGGACGACCUGACGGCCAGAAUAUUGGGUCAAUACUCGGGAAACCACCAUCCCUUCAAGCUCUACACCACCAUGGCAGACGCCACCAUCCAGUUCCAAUCGGAUCCGGCCAGCAACGUGUUUGGGUACCAACAAGGUUUUGUCAUUCAUUUUGAAGAGGUCGCCAGGAACGACACGUGUCCGGAGAUCCCGGAGAUUCUCAACGGCUGGAAGACGACCUCCCACCCGGAGCUAAUCCACGGGACGGUGGUGACCUACCAGUGCUACCCGGGAUACGAGCUGCUCGGAGCCGACAUCCUCAUGUGCCAGUGGGACUUGUCGUGGAGUGGGGACUCACCCCGGUGUGAGAAGAUUAUAUUCUGCGCUGAGCCAAGGGCCAUUGACCACAGUCGCAGAGUCGUUUCAGACGCAAAGUUUUCGAUCGGGUCGACGGUGCAAUACGUGUGCAACAAGGGCUACGCAGUGUCUGGCAGCAGCACCUUGACGUGCUACAACAGGCAGUCUGGCAAUCCCAAGUGGAGCGACAAAACGCCAAAGUGUCUACCGGAAAUCUUUGAACCGUGUCGUAAUCCCGGGGCGCCGGACAACGGUUAUCGGACGGCAGAGAAGACGGUGUACCAGACAGGCGAGAUCUUGCGGUUUGCCUGCUACGAUGGCUAUGAGUUAACGGGAGAUGCCAGCAUCAAAUGCCUCCCUGGUCACCCCUCAGAGUGGAGCCACCCACCACCCUUCUGCAAAGUUACCUAUGACGAGUACUUCAAUGAAAGGAGGCUGGAAGUGGCCAAGGCAGCGACAACGGGAGACCAGAUGGGAGGCAGCAACAUUGCCAUCGUGGUUUUCAUCCCCAUGAUUGUCAUCGCUCUGCUCAUAGGUGGCGUCUAUUUCUACUUCACAAAGUUCCAGGGUAAGUCCACGCUGAGAUUGCCACUGGCAGGAACCCUCCCGUACAACCACAUCACCGUGGAAUCGGCCUUUGACAACCCCAUAUACGAGACUGGAGAGGCACGGGAAUAUGAAGUUUCAAUUUAAAGACGGACGUUCCUCGUUACAGAAAAACACUUUCCAGAAUCUCUCUCUCUCUCUCCCCCCCCUCCCCCAUCUCUUUCAUUCCUUCUCCUCCUGCCCCUCACCAUUGUUGAACACAAACUUCCCGGAGCCUGUUUCUCAGAACAGUUUUUUUGCUCUCCAACGAGAAAAUAAAAUAAAGUCUAAAACACA